AGUAAUCUUCUUCACUGUAUCUAAAAGAGAUCCUUUUCACCUUCCCAACUCAAAUCCAUCUUUCUCCCGUCACUCCACUGCUGUAAACUUUUAUUCCUCUCCCAUAGUCCCAUCUAUUUAUUACCCUUUUCUUUUAUUUAAAUCCAAUUAAUUCUCUUUUUACCCGUGCUUAAAAUCCACAGCCAUGAACGGCCACCGCGGCAAGGAGAAGCUGGUGGUGGAGGUGGCGGCGGCGCACAACCUCAUGCCGAAAGACGGCGAGGGCUCGUCGUCCGCAUUUGUGGAGGUCAAGUUCGAGAACCAGACCCGGAGGACUCAAGUGAAGCACAGGGACUUGAACCCGGUCUGGAACGAGAAGCUCGUGUUCUGCGUAAACGACGUCGCCGGCCUCCCUUACCGGACGGUCGAAGUCAACGUUUUCAACGAGCGGAAGUCCAACAGCACCCGCAAUUUCCUCGGCCGGGUCUGGGUUUCCGGGUCGACCGUUGCCCGGGAAGGCGAAGCCGCUGCCCAGAUUUUCACGCUCGAGAAGAGGACCGUCUUCUCCCACGUCCGCGGCGAGAUUAGCCUCAAGCUUUACAUUUCUACCAUGGAGAAGGAGGAAGAAGAGGAAGUCAAACAGGUCAUUAGCGCCGGCGCCGGAGGAGCGGUGGCUUCAUCCGCGCCCACGCCGAAAUCCAAGAAAAACAAGAAAGUGCAGGGGAAAAACACGGUUCUUCCGGUGCACCAGGAGAACAAACCGAACCCGGCGAAGCAGGUGGAGCCCAGUCAGCCUGUCGUUGUAGCCUCCGUCCCCGGCGCCGCCGUGUGCGGCGGAGCAAUGGCGGGUCCUUAUUCUGCCGCCGGACGGAACGUUACAAGCCCUCAACUGGGCGGCGGGCUGACCCUGAAGCUAGACAAGACGAGCGCAACCUACGACCUGGUGGAGCAAAUGCAGUACCUCUACAUCAAGGUGGUCAAAGCACGGUUUGACUUCGCCGGCGGCGAGCUCGUCGCCGAAGCCAAGCUCGGAAACUACAGGGGAAUCACGAAGAAGGCCCCCGCAAAUCUCCCGGUGUGGGACCAGGUCUUCGCCUUCUCCAAAGACUCAAUUCAAUCCUCGUUCGUGGAAGUCUACGUGAGGGAAAUCAACAGAGACGAUUUCUUAGGGCGCGUUUGGUUCGACUUGAAUGAGAUCCCCCGGAGGGUGCCGCCGGACAGCCAGUUAGCCCCGCAGUGGUACAGAAUGGAGGGCAAAACAGGGGACGACAAAUCCAAAGCAGGGGAAGUCAUGGUCGCCGCCUGGUUCGGGACCCAAGCUGACGAGGCAUUUGCCGAGGCUUGGCAUUCCAAGUCAGCAAAUGUAGGGUCGGAUGGUCUCAGCUCUAUAAAGUCUAAGGUCUAUCUGUCCCCCAAGCUUUGGUAUUUGAGGGUUGGAGUCCUAGAAGCCCAAGACAUUGUUGCCCCAUCAUGUGACAAAGGGUCCUCUUUACUCCGGUAUCCCGACCUUUUCGUGAAGGUUCAGGUCGGGAACCAGGUGCUGAGGACCCGAGUCUCCAAAACCUUUUCGUGGAACGAGGACUUGAUGUUUGUGGUUGGGGAGCCGUUUGAGGAUCUUGUAAUCGUCUCGGUGGAGGACCGUGUGUCCCCACACAAGGACGAGGUUGUCGGGAGGCUGGUUUUGCCCGUCUCGGGGCUCGAGAGACGGGCAAACGAGAAGCCCGUGGCCCCCAUGUGGUUUAACCUCGACACCAAUUUCAACAACAAUAAUAAUCAGAGCGGUCUUUCGAAGCCCGUGAGGUUCGCGCCUCGCGUUCGCCUCCGGGCUUCGUUGGACGGAGGGUAUCAUGUGCUGGACGAGUCGACAGCGUACAGUAGCGACCUCCGCCCGACCGCGAAACAGCUUUGGAAGCCUCGCGUUGGGGUUCUCGAGGUCGGGUUCUUGGGCGCCGCGAAUCUCGUCCCCAUGAAGAUGAAACAGGGAACAAGGGGAUCGACUGAUUCGUACUGCGUGGCCAAGUAUGGUCAGAAGUGGAUCCGAACCCGGACCGUCGUCGACAGCUUGGCGCCCAAAUGGAACGAGCAGUACACGUGGGAGGUUUUCGACCCUUGCACGGUCAUCACCAUCGCCGUGUUCGACAAUUCCCGGGUCCUGACCUCUUCCUCCACGGGUACCGUUCCCGAUCUGCGGAUCGGGAAGGUCAGGAUCAGGCUCUCGACUCUCGAGACGGAUAGAGUGUACCCUCUCACCUACCCGCUCCUCAUGUUACACCCGUCGGGUGUGAAGAAGAUGGGCGAGCUAAGCUUGGCGGUCCGGUUUUCGUGUGGUAAUAAUAUGGUUAACAUGCUUCACAUGUACGCAUUGCCGUUACUCCCGAAGAUGCAUUACGUGCAGCCGUUGACGGUGAGUCAACUCGACGGGUUGAGGUAUCAGGCCAUGAGCGUGGUGGCAGGGAGGCUGAGCAGGGCGGAGCCGCCUUUGGGGAGGGAAGUUGUUGAGUACAUGCUGGAUCAUGACAGCCAAAUGUGGAGCAUGAGGAAGAGCAAGGCUAACUUCUUAAGGCUAAUCAGUGUCCUAACCUGGGCUGUCAACAUGUGCCGGUGGUUCGAGUCGGUACGGAACUGGAACAAACCGGUUCACUCGGCCGGUUUCUCGAUCGCCUUCUUUGUCGCCGUCCUUGUCCCCGAGCUCGUGAUCCCUUGCGUGUUCCUCUUCAUGGCCGCCGUGGGGCUCUGGCGGUACAGGUGGCGCCCGCGGGCCCCGCCCCGCAUGGACACGAGGCGGUCGUGCGCGGAGAACGUCGAGCCGGACGAGCUCGACGAGGAGUUCGACUUCUUCCCGAGUGCACGGGCCCCGGAGGUUGUCCGGUUGAGGUACGACCGGUUGAGGAGCGUGGCGGGGAGGAUCCAGACGGUGGUCGGUGACGUGGCGAUGCAGGCGGAGAGGUUCCAGGCGUUGCUGAGCUGGCGCGACCCGAGGGCUACGUUCCUGUUCGUGGUGUUUUGCUUCCUGGCGGCGUUGGGGUUCUACAUGGUGCCGUUCCGGCUGGUCGUGGCGGCGUGGGGGGUUUACGUGUUGAGGCCACCCAAGUUCAGGAACAGGUUGCCGUCUUGUGCCGUCAGUUUCUUCAAGAGGUUGCCCACCAGAGCUGAUAGUCUUCUGCUAUGAAGAAUCAAAUCAGCUUUCUCUUUGGUUGGCAGGGCAGACUAGGAUUAUGUAAUUUGGGAAAUUAGAUAGCUUUUGUUUGAUGUGGGCAAUGUUAAAGUCUGUUCUUUUUUGGGAAACAUUGGCGUAGGAGCUGUCUUUUUGUAACCUUUGUUGUGUCAUCAAGACAUGCUGGUUCUGUUUUUCUUCUAUUUUUAGCUUUUGUUGCAAUCUUGAUGUGAUUUUACUGCUUUUGCUCUUAUAACUAUUUAGGUCACACCAUUGUUAUUUUUUUUUUAAGCCAAGGUUACCCCAUGGUCCUUUUGACAACCAUUUUGGUUGUCAUAAUGACACCCUCUGUUGAUCUCUCGGACUGAUUCCUAUUCCUGUA